AUGCCCAUAGAGACGUGGGGAGGCAAGUUCCAGCGGAGGUUCAAGGAGAACCCCUUCGUACCCAUCUUCGCUGGUCUUACGACCGCGUCGCUCAUCAUGGCGUCGACAAAGCUCCGCAAGCGCCAGAGCACGAGUAUGAACUACUGGUUCCGCGUCCGUGUCCUCAUGCAGGGCCUAACGCUCGUCGCCGUUGUCGGCGGCUCGUGGUACUACGGCCAGAUGAAGCACCAAAAGGAUACCAAGGCGGCCGCGGAGCAGGAGCGGCUCAUCGAACGCCUCGCGUUCGAAGCACGGUUGCGUGCUGCCGAGGAGGCUGACCAGCUGGAGAAGCUCGAGGCAGCGGCGAGGGUGAAGAUGGGCGCGGGAUGGUUUGGCGGUUGGUGGGGGAAGAGUGCGAAGAGCUCGGAGGGUGACGGCAAGAAGGAGGCGUAG